AUGACGCCCACGACAAAGCUCGUGAUCCCUUCGGAUUCUACUCCGCUCUCCAUCAUCAUAGUACUACAGGAGCUGGCUGCCUCUGCCCACUGGUAUCAAUAUGAGACCUGGAUCAUUCCUUUCGCUAUUGUCUUCUUCAUAGAGGUGACGCAUCAAGUGUCAACUGUUCGAGCUAUUAAAGUCGUAAGACCCAAGAGGAACUUCGCAGGCUUCAUCCUAAAGCGAAACUCUCUCAGCCGCCUCUCGUGUUUGCCCGCCACUUCCAACAUCCAAGUAUUCCAUCAAAGAAAUGCCUGGCGCUGGACUAAGACUGCAACUACAACAGCGGUGCAUAAGGCCCGAGAGAACGUACACGUUCAAUCCUGCGGUCUCUUACCGAAGCUUCCAUAUCGGUGUAAGACAGAAAUGUCGUCUGUUCCCUCUGCUACGUCACCAGGACAUCAAAAGCGACGCAUAUCAUAUGACAAUCAUGAUCGCCUACGGUUUGCCUUCUCCCUAAAUCACGUUUAUGAAUUCAAGGACGGCUUCUGGGCGAGCGCAGUCUCUGAGAGGAUAGUCUUCACCUUGAAAUCGAAGGAAAUGGGCCAUCUUCGUGAGCACGUUGCCAGAACCGUUGGACUGCAAACAGGAAGCCUUGCCUUGGCCCCGAAAGACCGAUUUGAAAGCCGAGACUGGUACCAGGAUAGAGCUCAGGCACCGUCGUGGAUGAAGGCAGCCAUAUGCGCCGGAUCGAGAACCACUUACAUGAGACAAAUGUCACUGGCCGUUCUGCAGCACGCUUGCGCGUCUUCUUACCUGUUGCUCCCUUUCAGCCAUUGGCACCGAAAGGCUUCACAUGUUUCUGGAAGCCUUCGUUCUCCUGAUCAACUCCUCGAAAACGUUGACGUGGGCUGUCAGCCACCACGCGAAAAAAGGAGCAAUGUCCGAACCCAGCCCAUCUUGUCGUUGUCGGCAUCCGGCACUCUGGGAGCCGCCGCCUCGCAAAGAUGCUAUCGGUCGGGCCAAGCCUCGUGCAACGUCGAAUCCUCCAAAUUUCAAAAGGGCGUCACCUCAUGCUCCCACUUGAGCGAGACAUUCCGCGUGCAACGUUUCCCGAAAUCGCACUCCAUCCUGACUCGCCAUCGGGCCGGUGUUGCAUGGCGCUCAUUUACACUGCGACUUAGGCAGCAGGUUUUUGCCAACCCCCCCAACAGUGUGCCAACUCCGGGUUUCUGGGUUCUGAGUAGUGACGAGAGUAAGCUUACGUGCAGGGUGCGCCUGAAGCUCAGUGGUCGCCGUGUUCUCGCCAUGGCCUACGGACUGAUGCAUUCUCCAGACAGAACUUUGGUCAACGACUCGUUUCCUGUUUCCUUGGAGGGAUACAAACCAAAUGGCUGGGAUAGCUUCUCAUCACCGCUUGAUGAGGUUGCGACCAGCUGCUGUGGGAUCACCCAGGGCAAGAAUCCCAUGAUGGGAGUUUCCGUGAUCUGGAAUCCAGUCGACCUGCCUCGGAGGGCGUCGUGGGCCGCAAGGUACGAGUCAAUAUCCCCGUCUCUCCACGAUUCGAAAGAAUACGAUGCCCCCAAUACUACUUCAAAGUGGCUAGUGCUGAGGCGGCUUGUGCUCAUUGGCAAGGGUGCGGUCCGCAGCGACAGUACUCAGCGAUCCCGUCUACGGUCUGACGGGUGCUGUAUCCGGAAUAUGAAGACGAAUUCAUCUCUCUGA